AUGGAGUCGAUAAAGUUCGCUGGUAUUGAUGAGGAUAAAUACCGCAGGGAAGUUCUUUCCCUCUCAUCUGAAGAGGAGGAAAAUGCACAACAGCAGCGGUUGGAAGAUGAAGCGAAGGAGCUAGGGCUCAAAGUUCCGGAGAUCGAGAUUGUGGCAUCUUUGGCUGCCUCGAUUGCGUCGGGAAUGGUCGAUCUUUCGUCCCCGAUGCUCUCUUCCAGCUCCUCGACCGGUCGCCACUCGAUGUACGAAACCACGCACGAUUCCUCAGCUCUCGAGCAGUUAGCUACGUCUCUUUCCGAUUAUACUAUCUCGUCCAACCCGCCGGUUAGAGGCGGAAGCACCCGCUCCGUUGGUUCGCUUUCAACACGCCCGACCUCCUAUUGCUCGAGUGAGGGUAGGUUGGCACAAAGGACCGACAGUGCUGCCAUCAGGCCACUAGGAAAUAACAGCUCAUUCCUGAGUGUGGUAUCUGGCAGCGACAAGAAAAAAGAAAGACGGCGGUCAGGCAUCAAACAUGCGAUUGACAAGAUACCAUUUCGGAAACGCCGGAGAACGCCCUCUACGGUACUACUACCACCCGCGGCCCAGAUCACUUUCACGAAAGGUGAGGGGGGUGUUGAAAAGGUCUACGUCGAGUCAAAACCAAAUGACACAAGCCGGUCGAUCUCUCCAGAAAACGAGGAGGAAAAGUUGAAGCUGGAGGUCCCGGUGUUCGACCAUGAAGCCCUCUUGCGGAGCUUGGGGAACUCUGAAUUAAAACAGUUGCGGGAUACCCAAACAUCGGAGAGGAAUUUGCACGUCUCAUUUCAAAAUAAUCUUAUCAGUGAGCUCCGACGGGCGCAGCGACCAAAAGUUGAUGAGAAACUGGCACAAACCCGCCAGUUGGAGGAUGAGAAGCGUGAAAAGAACAUCACAGACGCCGCUCGCAUGGAAGAGCGACAGCUGGUCGUGGAAAUGGAGCAAGUACGGGAAUUCGAAAGGGCCAAAACAAAUUCACGAACACGCAUCAAGUAUAUGGAAGGAUAUCUGAGCAGCUCCAGCCCACCGGACUCGCGUUCCCCAUCCUUUUCAGGAUCCGACCUGACAACGCCCAGUCGGAGUUUUACGCAGCAACACAAAGCCCAGUUGGCCCAGGAAUAUCAUGACUACGAGUCCAUGUCUGAACUCCACGCUGCCAAAAUCAAAGUCCUCAGAGACCGGCAAGAGAUCCGUCUGCAGGAAGCCAUCGCUCGAAUGGACCGAGAACUCGAUGCCAUGAUCGAAAGGCAUGCGGCAGAGAUUACCGAGCUUCAAAAGGAGCACCAAAAGGAGGAAGCAACCACACUCCAAGCACUCAACGCGAGGAAGACGAAGCUUCGACAUAAAUGGGUCCUCGAAGAGGCUAUAUUACGAAAGAAACUAGAAGCCCGAGACGGAAACCCCUACGGCCCUCUACCCCCGCUAUCCUUCACUGACUCGCAGUCUGAUACCCGCGACUCAGCCAUCUGCGUCUCAGAUCCGGACAACGACACCGAAGCAGAAGCACCAGCCCAGCGCCAGAAGGACUCUUGA